UACAUGAUGGUGGCCUGCUGCUACAAAUCUAGCUUUGAGUGUGGGCUCAGGUGGGAAUCCUGCAGGGAUUUUACUCGCACUCAGUGGCUUCUCCCACGAUGGCUAUUCGUUUUCUAUCGGCUCGUUGCAUUCAUCUACACCUGGGGCUUCCAGAUUUAUGAUUGGCUGGUGUAUCUCCGACCAGACUCAUACGCCUUCGUCACCAACUGGACCUACCUGCUCCUUGCCUUGUAUGUUCUGGUAGCAACGGGCAACCUCAUCACUGAUGUGGUAUUAGACGCAAGAGGCAGGCCUAUCAAAGAAACAUCAACGCUAGCUCUUCGAUACACGGUACAAUGGAUAUUCUACGACGUACUCGUGAUGUGGUCGCUCAUCGUCGCCAUCGUUUACUGGGGAUUCUUAUUUCGGGAAAACGCCGACAUCGGCGAAUGGGUUUCAGACAUCUCCAUUCAUCUCCUACCUGCUGUCUUCAGCGUAAUAGAACUCACCAUCACCGCCACGCCCUGUUUAUAUAAACACAUCGUCUAUCCCAUCACGUAUGGAUUGAUGUAUCUCACGUUUAGCGUAAUCUACUGGGCAACUGGGAGUGGCAUCACUUACUUUUUUCUUGAUUACGGCGAGAAUCCUGUCUACGCCGUCAUUGCAGUGCUCGGUCUCACAGUAGCCAAUUUUGUAAUUUACACGGUGGUUUGGGCUCUGACGAAAUUGCGGCAGUGGAUAGCUAAGAAGACGAACGGGUGCCGGUGCGGACGUCGAGCUGGGUAUGAUAUCGAAGGGAAUCCGGUAAACCAACGAGUCACGAAUUCUGAACGAAACGAAGGGAAUGAGACCCACAUCUUCUAG